UAAAAUGACUAAAAUCACAAAGGGAUUUAUAAUUUUACUUUUAAUGGAAUCAGCUUUCAGUAGACUAUUAAUACCCCGAAAAUGUAAUCGUUCAUUAACAAGUAAAUGGGAAGUCCUGAUUGGUAGAAGAGAGAUAGAUCAAUUUUUUGUAUGCAACGGUGUAUUUAUUGAUCCACAUGUUUUUAUUAUGGAUGCAGGAUGUGCUCAAAACUCACUUUCAAGUAUGAACGGCAGUCAAAUUUUUAUGAACCAAAUAAAUUGUGGACACGCUGUCACUGAAGAUAAGGAAGUAAAUAAAGAUGACAUUUAUUACAAUGACAAUUUUAGUAAAAGCUAUGAUAGGUCUAGAUUACAAAUCGCGAUGUUAAUUAUCAAAAAUUUCAAAGAAACGCAAUUUGUAAGUUUGCCGAAUAAUACUUUUGAUGUUAGUUUGUCAAAAUGUUAUAUAUCUCAACCUAAUGGAGUUGACGUAAAAUUGAAACGCUGCUAUCUUAUAAAUUAUGUGAAUAAUGGAACAAAUGAUUAUUAUAGUCAUAUUGAAUGUUUUACCGAUGCAACUGUGAUUUCUGGUAACACAGUAAUUUGUGGUUUAAAAAGCGAUCCUGAAGUUAAAGUUUUAGCUGGAUUGAUAUCAGAACACAGAGAAUCAAGGGCUUCACUAAUUCAUGAAUUGAUAGUUACAAUUGAAAAUGUAAGUCACUUAAGGAGUAUCAUGAAUUCAAAAAUAGAAAGUUUAUCACUGUUAUAAAUCUUGAAAUAAAGAAUG